GGGAGGGCCCUACAACAACGCCUACAACAACAACAGAAAGUGAGAGUGGUAUCAUGUCGUCGAGUCGAACAAAGAAAUCGUCCAAGAUCAGGUCCACGGGCGACAUGAGCGGGAAGACCCCCGGUAGGAAGACCCAGGCGGCUCGGUGCGGAUUCUGUAACCUCGGGUAUGAAGUGGAGAGAACCUGCGACACGCUGUACGUGGCAGACGAUGUGGCCGCUCACUUCUUGUGCAUGCUGUACUCCAGUGGACUGGUCCAGGAGGAUGGGGACUCCUCCCGCUUCGAGGAUUUCGGGAUGUUCGACCCAGAAGAUGUGAAGAAAGAAAUAAAGCGUGGAUUACAUUUGAGCUGCAGUGUCUGUCACAAGAAGGGAGCCACCAUAGGCUGUGACAGAGAGGAGUGUACCAAGACCUGCCACUACAAGUGUGGCAUGGACCAUGAUUACGUGUUCGAAGAAAAUCCUGAUGAAGGACAGUUCCUGAUGUACUGUCCGAGACACAAGGACUUGACAAGCGAUGCGGAUGAUGAUGAUGAAAAUUGGAACUCUUCCGAGGAAGAUGAAAGGGAUGAAGAGCAAGAUUCAGAUGACGAGAACACAGACCCAAGUUGGGAUGCCUCUCCUUCCAAGAAGGCCACCCCUAAGAGACAGUCUGUAAGAAAGAAGGGACGUCCGCCUAAGAAAAGAGGACAAAAGAACGAAGGGAGUAGUCCUCGAAGAAGUAAACGUGCACGCACCACAGUAAGAUACAGGGAAGAAGAUGAAGAUUCUGUCUCUGAUGAAGAAGGGCGCAUACCAGUGAUACGCAAGGUAUCACCCAAGAAGGAGAUCAAAAAGAGAGCCCAAGACGAAGAGGAGGAAGAACAGGAUCCUGAGAAGGAAGCGAGUGAACCAGAAGACCAACCAGACGGAGAUGCACAAGAUGAUGCAGAAGAUGAUGAGGAAGAGGAGGAGAGUGGAGAUGAAAAGAUGGAGAAGAAAGAUAGAGCACAGAAGACAGAUGUCUGGGACCACAGUAGGAAGGCUGGGACGCUGGGUGCCGUCUGCAGCAGGGUGAAACAGGCCAUGCAGUCAGCUCUCAACAACAUCCAGGAUGACACAGCCUCGGAAAUGGAGUAUGCAGCAGUCACUAGCUUCAUGGAAAUUACCGGUCUAAUGGAGGAGAUUCAAAAGGAGGAACAGGGUAGUGGAGAGAAGAACAAUGGACAGACUAAGAAAGAACAACCAGAAGAAACAAAGAGUCAAGACGUCCCACCGAAGAAAGCUUCUCGGUUCCAUUCUCCAAGGAAAGGGGUGAAGAAGUAGUGUUGGAAGUUGAUCGUGGCUUGAUUCUGUGAAUCUUCAGUGCAAGGAAAAGAGGACCUAAAAAAAAUAGAUCUUAACUACAGUAUGUCUAUCUUAGGUGAAGUCAAAUCAAGUAAAAAUUAGCCAUUUCCGUGCAUGAAGUAGACAUUUGAACACAAUUUUGGAAACGUAAUAAUUCUUGUUAAGUUCUCAUUUUGUCUUAUAAAGUAGAAGUGUAAUGUUGUAGGUCUUUGUUAAGUUUUAGUAACGUAGCUGAAUAGGUAAUUUGGUGUAACUUGCCAUGCACUAUAUUAUGAUAAUGAAACAAAGCAGCACAUCAGCACAAGGUACUGUGUGACUGUGUCUGCAUGAAAUUUAGAUCGUAAGCUGUGCAUAGGCAAAUCUACAAAUCUUAUCAUUCAAGAUUGUGUUUGCAUAGUUAAGGAUGAUAUCCCUUCUAUAGUUUUCAAAUGUUGUGUAGGAAAAUAUAUCUUAUGCAGUGGACAAAAUUCUGAUGCAACAUUGGCCAAACACUCAACAGAAACCAUGGUGUAAUGCAGAAGCAGUAUGUUUGGCCAGUGUUCUAAACAAAGCCAUGUAGCAGUGUUCAAUGCAGUCUAUACAAUUGUAGCUCAUUUGAAUUCUGUGCCUUGUAAUGUGCCAGUGAAUGCAGUGUAGCUUUCAUUUAGUGAAGUGACUUCUUAAAAAUAAUUUGGCUAGCCAAGGGAGACUUCUUGAAAAUAAUUUGGCUAGCCAAGGGAGACUUGUUAAAAAUGAUUUGGCUUGCCUAGGAGACUUUAUCAAGUGUCAGUAUAGAGGCAACGUGCCAUAUUUUAUUGUGCUGCAUCAUAAUUGCAUUUGAAUGUGCAACUCAAAUUAUUCUACAAUUGAGUGUGUGCUGUUAUGAUCGAAGCAUUUCUUUUCAGGACCUAAUAUGAUACAGUAGACUUAGGCAUACAGUUUUGCAUGUGAGUGUAUACAGUAGUUGUAGUAGUCUCGGUGCUUUAAUUGAUUUUAUAGGAUACCAUUAUAGAUGUUUAUUAAUUAGGUAUACGUAAGGGUUUAAGGUUACAAUACAUUCCAUAGGUUUCUUCAUCUUAAAAGUAAAGUAUUGUGUACUCAAAGGACCUCUCCUUACCACUCUAUAAGCCAAAUAGUGAAAAACAGACUGAAGAGCAUGAAUAAAUAUGUUCCAAGAGAGUAGACUCCAAAUGUACAUUUCUGUAUUUAAGUCAUACUAACCUGGCUGUACCCAAAAUUGUCAGGCUUAAAAGGUACUAGUACACAAAAGA